AUUCUCCCCCCCAGUCACGACAUUCCUCAGAGAGUUUUGCUGACAGCACAAUGCCUGGAGGUGACGCUCUUCGUGCUUUAAGAUGGCUCUCCCGGAGCACUGGUGGAUUGCUCUCCGGGUCUGAGACCACUACACAACGAUGCCUUACGAAGUCCUUUUCACGGUCAAUGGCUACAGAAUCUCAAGCCACUACCGAACACCUCACCCGGGAAGCCCCCCAAACUGUAUGGACUACGGAGCCUGCGCGGGCGACCACCUACUCCUUCCCUUCGAUGGAACCAUUGCGCUUUGUUGAAUACCCUCGGAACCAUCUUUUGAUGCCCCUGCGGAAGGAUAUUUUACAUCGGGCCGUCAUCUACGAAGGUGACAUGACCAGACAAGGUUCGGCGAACACCAAGUGGAGGGACGAUGUGCACGGAAGUGGCAGGAAACUGCAUGCGCAGAAAGGUACCGGCAAAGCACGUGUUGGCGACAAGAAAUCUCCCAUCCGUAAAGGAGGUGGUGUUGCACACGGUCCUCACCCUCGAGACUUCUCCACGAGUCUUCCUCAGAAGGUCUACGACCAGGCAUGGCGUAUAGCUCUCAGCUAUCGAUAUCGACGCGGCCAGUUGAUCAUUAUCGACAACGACAUCUCGAUCCCGGAAGACGCUACUCCGUACUUGAUUAAAGAAAUCUUCAAAGUUAACAACUGGGGCCGCGAGUUUGGACGGUCGACUCUGAUCACGGAUCAGCCGGAUGAGGGUCUUUUUGCUACGGUGCGUGAGGUGGGCGAACACGCGAAGAUUCUGGACCGCAAGGAUGUGGAUGUCAAGGACCUCUUGGAAACGGGACGUUUGAUUAUCGAGAAGCAGGCGCUGGACCGUAUCCUGGCUAAUCACUCGAGGGACUUGGCCACUAAACCUGCGAAGGCUCUGUAUUGAUUUGUCGACGGGCGAAUGGAUGUUACUUUUUGGGCUUUAAGGAACUGUUAUCUGUACAAAUAGAAUCUAGCAAUGUAUGAUCGUCACUUGUAAUUUGACCUGAAGAAGCAGACAAGCUUCGUUUCUCGUGUC